AAACUAUUCAUAAUCUUUUAUUGUACAAUAUGAAGUGCAGUAAAAUAUUCGAUUUAGUUAAGGUGCAAUUAUUUAUGGAAGUAAAUAUUUAACGUUAAUGGAAAUAAAUAUUUAAUAUUAAUAACAGUAUUAUAAUUUUUACAAUGGGCCUUUUAGGUAUGGGUUGGUAUAAAUUUUGGCGCCAUAAGUACGGCAAACGAAUUACUAGUAUAUCAAGAAUAAUGUCUAGAACUCCUUGUAAGACUUACAAACGACCAUUUACAGUCUGUGUAGAAGGUAAUAUUGGAUCUGGGAAAACUACAUUUUUAAAUCAUUUCAAAAGUUAUGAAAAUACAGUUGUUUUACAAGAACCAGUUGAAUUAUGGCGUGAUGUUGCAGGUGUAAACCUAUUAGAACUUAUGUAUAAGGAUCCAAAGCGUUAUGCUUUCAUAUUCCAAUCUAAUGUACAAUUAACAAUGCUUCAAUUGCAUACUUAUAAGACGCAAUUACCUUACAAAGUCAUGGAAAGAUCAGUUUACUCUGCAAGGUUAUUUAUAGAAAACAUGAAACGUAAUAAAAUAUUACAAGACAUUGAAGUUGUAGUAUUAGAAGAAUGGUUUGACUGGUGUAUAAAAAAUGCUAACAUAGAAACGGAUUUAAUAAUAUAUUUAAGAACCAGCCCAGAAAUUGUUUACCAAAGAAUGCGUAUAAGAGCUCGUAAGGAGGAAAAUUUGGUGUCAUUAGAAUACCUGAAACGUAUUCAUGAAAUACAUGAUGAAUGGCUACUAUACCAAAGCUUGUUCUCUUUGCCAGCACCAGUUAUUAUAUUAGAUGGAAAUAAGAGUAUUGAAGAGAUGGUAGUUGAAUUUGAAAAAUGCAAAAAUAAAAUUUUUACUCAACGAAAAGAAGGUGAAAAUUAAAUAAUAAGUGCAACUACCGUACCCGCAUGUUAAAAAAAUAAAAACAGUAGUUAUAAAAAAAAAUAUAAUUA